ACUAUAAUAAGCUCGUAAUGCAUAUCCAAGGAAGAGAGCUCGCUAUUUGAGUUGACUACCUGGAGAAGAAGAAGCCGAAGAACAAGAGAUAGGCUAUUCGUUCUUGAUGAUCCAUGGACGACCGUUAGCUACAUAGAAAUCUCCGGCCGGAUCGAUCCUCGAGGUAUAUACCUAUUAUGGGACAACGAAGCAUGGCGGCGGCGGCGGCGGCGGUGGCGCCGCUGCUGCUGCCGGCGAUCGUGCUGCUGCUGUCCUGGUGCGUGAGCCCCGCGGCGGCCGCGCAGCCAUGCACUGCCAACGACCUCGCCGCGCUCAGGGGCUUUUCCGCCGGCCUCGACGCCCCCGUCUCCGGCUGGCCUCCCCCCGCCGCCGCGGCCGGAGCCGAAGAAGACGACGACUGCUGCUCAUGGCCCGGCGUGCUCUGCGGCGGCUCACCAGCAAUCGCCGUCGUCGAGCUCUCGCUCCCCAACCGCACCCUCCGCGGCCAAAUCUCCGGCUCCCUGUCCGGCCUCCCCUCCCUUCGCGUCCUCAACCUCUCCGGCAACGCCCUCCGCGGCCCCCUGCCGCCGGAGAUCCUCCUAAACCUCCAAUCCCUCCAAAUCCUCGACCUCAGCUCCAACGCCAUUAACAACCUCACACUCCCCUCCGUCGUCUCAACCUCUCUCCGCGUCUUCAACGUCUCCGGGAACUCCCUCACGGGCCCCCACCCGGUGCUCCCCGGCGCCAUCAACCUCACCGUCUACGAAGUCUCCGGCAACGCCCUCACCGGCGCCAUCUCCGCCGCCGCGCUCUGCCGCGAGUCCCCGAACCUCAAAAUCCUCCGCCUCUCCAUGAACCGCCUCGAUGGACUCUUCCCCACGGGCUUCUCCCGAUGCGGGUCGCUCGCCGAGCUCGCCCUCGACGGGAACGGCGCCAUCCAUGGCUCCCUCCCGGAGGACCUCUUUAAGCUCGAGUCUCUCCAGACGCUGAUCCUCCACGGCAACUCGCUCUCCGGCGCGGUGUCGCCAUUGCUGCGGAGGUUAACGAGCCUCGUCCGCCUCGACAUCUCGUUCAAUGGAUUCUCCGGGGAGCUCCCGGAGGCCUUCGACGGGAUGGCGGGGACUCUCCAGGAGCUCUCCGCCGCCGGUAACCUAGUAUCCGGCCAGCUCCCCGCGACUCUCUCGCUCUGCUCCAGGCUGCGGGUGCUCAACCUUCGCAAUAACUCGCUCUCCGGAGCCAUGGCCGCCCGCCUCGACGGGCUAUUGUCCCCCGGGCGCUGCGGGCUCGUGUACCUCGACCUCGGGGUUAACAAAUUCACGGGCGGGAUCCCGGCGGGGCUCGCGGGGUGCUCCGCCAUGACGGCGCUCAACCUCGGCCGGAAUUCACUGGCCGGGGAGAUCCCGAGCUCCUUCGCCGCGGCGGGGGCGUUCCCGGCGCUCUCCUUCCUCUCCCUCACCGGCAAUGGCUUCUCGAAUGUCACCUCGGCUCUCACGACCCUGCAGCGGCUGCCGAAGCUGACGAGUUUGGUGCUCACCAAGAACUUCCAUGGCGGGGAGAUGAUGCCGGCGCUGGGGAUCGACGGUUUCGCGAACCUCGAAGUGCUGGUAAUCGCCAACUGCGAGCUCUCCGGCGAGAUCCCGCCAUGGCUGACCGGGAUGAAGAAGCUCAAGGUGCUCGAUUUGUCAUGGAACCGUCUUUCUGGCGCCAUCCCGCCAUGGCUCGGCGAGUUCGAGCGGCUGUUCUACCUCGACGUCUCCAACAAUUCCCUCCGCGGCGAGAUCCCGGGCACCCUCGCGUCUAUGCCAGGGCUUGUUGCCGCCGGAGCUGGGGAAGACGAUGAAGAGGCGGCGGCGGUGCAGGACUUCCCGUUCUUCAUCCGGCCGAGCAGCUCGCCGGCGGCCAAGGGGCGGCAGUACAACCAGGUGAGCAGCUUCCCGCCGUCGCUCGUGCUGUCAAGGAACGGGCUCGCCGGCAGGAUCCCGCCGGCGAUGGGCGCGUUGACCCGGGUCCACGUCGUUGACCUCAGCUGGAACAAGCUGUCGGGGCCCAUCCCGCCGGAGCUGGCCGGGAUGACGAGCCUCGAGUCGUUCGACGCGUCGAGGAAUGAGCUCACGGGUCCGAUCCCGGCGAGCCUCACGGGGCUCAGCUUCCUCUCACACUUCUCUGUCGCCUUCAAUGGCCUCUCCGGCCAGAUUCCCCUCGGCGGCCAGUUCUCCACAUUCUCCCGAGCGGAUUUCGAAGGGAACCCGCUGCUCUGUGGCCGCCACGUGGGGCGACGAUGCGAUCGGGUGGCGGCGCCGCAGCAGGUCAUCAAUGGCAGCAAGGACCGAAGAAGCGCCAACGCGGGCGUGGUGGCGGCGAUCUGUGUGGGGACGGUGAUGCUGCUGGCUGCGGGCGUGGUGGCCACGUGGCGGAUGUGGUCGAAGCGGCGGCAGGAGGACAAUGCCAGGGUAGCCGCUGACGACGACGACCAUGACGUCGACCCGGAGGCGGCGAGGUUGUCGAAGAUGGUGCUUCUCUUCCCCGACGACGAUGACGAGACCGACGGUGUGGUGAAGGGGACAAGGACGGCGAUGUCAGUGGAGGAGGUGGUGAAGGCGACAGGGAACUUUGCCGAGUCGCGCAUCGUCGGUUGUGGCGGGUUCGGGAUGGUGUACCGCGCCACGCUAUCGGACGGGUGUGACGUGGCCGUGAAGCGGCUCUCCGGAGACACGUGGCAGGCGGAGCGUGAGUUCCAGGCCGAGGUGGACGCGCUCUCCCACGUCUCCCACCACCGCAACCUCGUCUCCCUUCGUGGCUACUGUCGCCAUGUCGGUGCCAGCGGCGAUUACCGCCUCCUCAUCUACCCAUACAUGGAGAACGGGAGCCUCGACCACUGGCUCCAUGAGCGUGGCAGCAGGGAUCUUCCUUGGCCCACGCGCAUGCGAAUCGCCGUCGGUGCGGCCCGUGGGCUAGCCCACCUGCAUGAUGGCCCGAGCCGGACUAGGGUGCUACACCGGGACGUGAAGUCAAGCAACAUCCUCCUCGACGGGGCCAUGGAAGCCCGGCUAGGCGACUUUGGGUUAUCACGACUGGCUCGGGCCCACGACGACACGCACGUGACGACGGAUUUGGUGGGCACGCUAGGUUACAUCCCUCCUGAGUAUGGCCAUUCGGCGGUUGCCACGUGCCGAGGCGACGUGUACAGCAUGGGUGUCGUGCUAGUGGAGCUAGUCACGGGACGGCGUCCCGUGGACAUGGCCGCAGGCGCCACAAGGGGUGGCCGCCGAGACGUGACGUCAUGGGCGGUGCGGAUGCGGCGGGAGGGGAAGGGCGAGGAGGUGGUGGACAUCGACGUGGCGAGGGUGGAAAUGCAUCGCGACGAAGCGAUGAGGGUUCUGGACGUGGCGUGCGCAUGCGUGCGCGAGGACCCCAAGGCUCGCCCCACGGCACAGCAGGUGGCGGACCGGCUCGACGCCAUCGCUGACGCCACCGACUCCUCCUCCUCCUCAGGAGGGGGAGGAGGCGGCGUGUGCGAGGAAUACAAGGACGUGGAUGUGGUGAGCACCAUGUCAGGAUCUUCGUCAUCGCUGGAGACAGGGGGCGGACACCGGCCACGGGAUUGCCACUCCAUGGGCUCAAGGUUCAGGGUUCCCGAAGAGGACUCGUGUGACUCCGAGAGCGUGGCCUCCAACUUCGAGUUCCACAAGGAGCGAGGGACCUCCGCUCGGUCGGCGCCCGUGGUUCCACCGUUCUCAAAGGCCCUGCCGUCAAAGUGGGACGAUGCACAGAAAUGGAUCGCCAGCCCGACGACGAACCGUCCUGGUAGGACCAGUGGAGCCUUGCCAAGGAAGAUGGAGAAAGCUGGAUUUGGUGGCGGGAGACUGCCGGCGACGAAGGUCGUGCUGGAUACCAUGGAAGAAAUAGAUACUAAGAGGAUCGACCCGAGCCAGGAUAAGAGGGAAAUUGGGUGGCAGAAAGCGGCAAACUGGGCCACGCCGGAUCCAUAUCCAGAAGUGGAGGCUUGCACAAAGACUGCAAUUGCUGAUUCAGCUGUUACUCUUAGCUGUGAUUCGUCUACCACGCUUCAGAGUGCCACUGCUUGCAUACCUCCCCCACCAACAGUCCGGUCAGUAUCGAUGAGGGAUAUGGGUACUGAAAUGACUCCGAUUGCAAGCCAAGAACCAUCCCGGACAGGAACACCGGUGAGAGCAACAAGUCCGGAUUGCUCUCAGCCAACUACUCCACGAAGGACAUUAGGGACAAACGCAGCUGGUGCUGUUAUCAGCCGUGGUGAAUGCAGCAAUGUAGAAUUAAGCGAACAGGAGCUGCAAAUGAAGACCAGGAGAGAGAUAAUGCUUCUUGGCACCCAGCUAGGUAAAACCAGCAUCGCAGCAUGGGCAAGUAAGAAGGAAGAGGAAAAGGAUGCAUCACUUUCGCUCAAGACAGUGUCGUUGGACCAAUCGAUACAGAACACAACUGAAAUCCGCGCAGCCGCAUGGGAGGAGGCAGAGAAGGCUAAGUACUUAGCAAGGUUUAAACGAGAAGAGAUCAAGAUCCAUGCAUGGGAAGAUCACCAAAAAGCCAAAAUUGAAGCCGAAAUGAGAAAAAUCGAGGUUGAGGUGGAGAGGAUGCGAGCUCGUGCGCAGGACAAGCUGAUGAGCAAGCUCGCAUCGGCGAGGCACGCCGCGGACGAGCAGCGAGCCACCGCGGAAACAAAGAGAGACCAUGCCGCCGCGAGGACCGCGGAGCAGGCAGAGCACAUCAGGCGAACCGGCAGGAUGCCGCCCUCCCUUGGCUGCUGGAACUGGUGCUCGUAACCGCCGGAUAAACCAGCAUGUGUUAGGGACUGAAAUGAAUCUGGCAUUGUAGAAUAUUCUCUCUUUUGAUUGGGUUCAGUAGAUAUAUGUGGCACGAGAACAGAUCACCUGUAAGUUGUAACUGUAUAUGUAAGAUGCGAGCUUGUCGCCGUGUGUUUCUUGGAUGCUUCAGUCGCAAUUCAGAUCUCUGUUCAGAUUCAUACGCA